UUGACGCCAAGCCCAGAAACAGCACCGCCAUAUUCCUGGUCAACCCCUGCCUUCUCUUGCCCGUAUUCAUCUCGCCUUAGAUCUGGAAUUUCAGCAAAUUUAAGUAAACCCAAGCUUCAGUAUCUUUUGUGAAUACGUCCAUGGAAGUUCCACCAUGCGUGAAGGGGCAUGUGGUGGCCCUGCCAUUCCCCACGAGAAGCCUAAUCAACCCCAUGAUGAACCUCUGCAAAUUUCUCGCUUCAAGAAGACCCAAUGAGGUUUUUAUCACCUUCGUUGUCACUGAAGAGUGGCUCGGCUACAUCGAAGCUUACCCCAAGCCCCACACUAUUCGCGUCGCCACCAUCCCCGACCUCAUUCCUUCGGACGGCCAAACGGUCCACGACGUUCCUGGUUUCAUUGAAGCCAUUGCGACGAAGAUGAGACCUGCAUUCGAGCAGCUUCUAGAUAAACUUGAGUCGCCGGUUACUGCUAUCGUCGGUGAUGCUAAUUUGGUCUGGCCAGCCGCUGUGGCGAACCUUAGGAACAUUCCGGUGGCUCUGUUAUGGACGAUGUCAGCGUCGUGCUUCGAAUCGUACCGUCAGCUCGAUAUCUUGGCCCCUGGUCCUGACCGUUGUUUAUCGGUUCAUCUUUUGGAUGAGCAAGCUGAGCACAUUCAGCGGAUCCCUUCCUCACAGCUCACUGAUCUACGAAAGCUACUCCACGAAAGCGAUUUCAGGUUUUUGAAGAUGUCCCUGGAUUGCAUUUCAGGAUUAGCCAAAACUGAUUGUCUCCUCCUCAAUACGAUCCAAGAGCUAGAGGCCGAACAAAUAAAUUACCUAAAAGCUAUAGUCCCCUUUCGUGUCUAUCCCGUAGGCCCUGCCAUUCCUUUUAUGGAACUCGAACCACCAAAUGAUUCUUCCACCAAUAACGUUGACCAUAUAUUAAAGUGGCUAGAUUGUCAGCCAAAUUUUUCAGUGUUGUACAUUUCUAUGGGUAGUUUCCUUUCAAUGUCUCGGCCCCAGAUGGAAGAACUUGCUUCAGCUUUAAAAGCCAGUGGGAUUCGUUUUCUGUGGGUGGGUCGUUCAGACGCAGAGUGGCUGAAAGAGAAAUGUGGGGAUAAGGGUCUGGUGGUUCCAUGGUGCGACCAAUUGAAGGUGUUGUGCCACAGUAGUAUUGCGGGAUUUUGGAGCCAUUGUGGAUGGAAUUCAACGAUGGAAGCUUGCUUUGCAGGCGUGCCGAUCCUGGGAUUUCCUCUGUUUCUGGAUCAAUUCUCGACUUGCAGGCAUAUUGCACAGGUGUGGAAGAAUGGAUGGAAGGUGGGUGGUAAGAAAUCAGAGGACUUUGUGACGAAGGAAGAAAUAUUGAAAGUAGUUCAGGUGGUGAUGGAUGUUGAGAAUGAGGAAGGGACGAAAAUCAGAGAAAAGGCGAAAGAACUGAAGGCGAUGUUUCGCAGAGCAAUUGCCAAAGCUGGUUCGUCUGACAUGAACAUGGAUGCUUUUGUGGAAGACAUGUUUUAAGUGCCCAGGUAGAUCUGUGGAAGUAGGAGACCUGGCUAUAUGUGGUUGCCACUGUGUACCCCACGACUUCAU